CAUGCAGCCAUCUAGGCAGCGUAUCAUACACGCAGUCUAAUUAGCGAUUUAAUGUAAUUUUCUAAUAAUUAUUGCAAACAUUGGCUAAGUAAGAGGCAGACAAGCAGUCAAAUUAGCAGUGUUAGUUUUCAGCGACGAUAUGGCAGCAACUACAAAUAUUAGCUUACAUCACCCAAAACGCAGUUUAAUUUUGCUCCAAUGCAAUGUGUAGCGACGACAUUCUGCUUGUGCAACUGCAAUAUACGUUAUAACAGACAUAUGUCAUUGAAUGUUCGUUCAAAUCGCCACAUGGUUUUUAUUUCAGCUGAGGCAGAGACAUAGGCGACAUCAUAAUGGUUCGGAAGAAGGUGAUAAACACGAAGAGAGGAGGAGUGUGAGCAGCUAAGUAGAAAGAAAUGUGUCUGUAAAUAACAUGCGUGAUCCGGAUCCGUAGCUUUGAGAGAGGUUUCCGGGGGCGGGGGGGAAAACAGUUUAUUCGUUUAUUUUAACAUUUAUAUUUUAGUAAUUUAGCAAACACUCUUAUCCAGAGCGGCAUAACAUGUGUUACCAUGUCAUGAAUUUGGAGAGCCAUACAUAAAAGCUGGAACGUCCUUUAUAAAGCCCUGCCGAACUUGAAGCUUGCCAUUGGCUGGCUUCUUCGACACACUCCUGCCCAUUCCCCCGUUUCCUGGACAACCCUGUCAGGGUGGAGAAAAAUAGCAAAUCAUGUGAGGACAGAGCAUCUUUCUCGCUCUCUCUCCCCCACUCCCCAUCUCCCCUCCCUCUGUGAAUAUAACAGUAUCUCCAUGCUUUCACACACACCACUCAGUUCAGCGUUGCAGAGGGGAUGGACACAGAGUGCAGGAGCAUACCAUCAAAGAGUAAAUCAGUGUGACUGAGACACAUAUACAACUCCUUCCCAGUGGCAGCGUCUAUGUAAAAUGGGUUGUGGCAAUUCCUCAGCCGCCAGCACCUCAGGAGGGGGACCUGCAGAAACCUCCAAAGAUUUGACAGAUGAGUCCUCACCAGACGAUGAGAAAAGAAGGAACUAUGGCGGGGUGUACGUAGGUCUACCAUCUGACAUGACCACCGUUGCAGGCAGCCAGUCCAAGUCCACAGACAAAAACUAACAGAUAUAGAAGGGAAUCAUUGACAUGCAUCACAGGACUGUAGCUACAAUAUUCAGAACAUACAGAGACAUUACAUUUCUACGUUGAGAGGAGGAUUACUGACUCAUCUUCACAUCCCUGCCUCCGUAAGAGUGAGACAGACUGAAAGACCAUGGGGAAUCAGGCAGAUAUGAGGUCAGCCUGCUUGGGUCCUGAGGAAACUGCCUCAGAGUGGCACCGAGUAGACCCUCAAUGGAUGCCUUUGUCUGAGGAUUCUUUGCCCUUUCUGACCCUCACAGGAAGCCGGGCAGCAGCAGAGAAGUCGGGUGGGUACGGGACGACUGCGGAUAUUGGGACCAACAUUAUGGAAUCCGGGGCAAUGUUCUGGACGAGCUCCUUGUGUUUAGGAAGAGAUGUGACACACACAGCCCAGUCACACUGAAACACCUCCUCGACCGGCUCUGUAAACAUUUAAUCCAAGUGCUGGUGUAGAUAGAUGUUUUAUGUGGUGGGAGGGAUAGUGGACCCACACAGUGGCUCAAACACAAGCAGUGCUAUUCACUUUUAUGAUUAUGGAGUAUUUUAGGUCACCCAGUUUUCAUGUUUUGUUCAGUAUCAGAUACUGUAAAUAAUUUCUGAGAUUCAUGAAAACAACAUUCUAUAACCCAUUUGGAGAUUGUGUUGUGUUAUUUUCUAGUUGGUUGCUGCUAUUGCUUUUUAAACCACUUGCAUUUACUGUCUAAAUACAAAUGGACCUACUUGUAACUUUUGGUACCAAACGGAUGGGGGCCCUCCUGUGGGUGUACUGGCUGGUACUGUAGCCUGACUGUACUGUAGCGAGCAUCUGUUGUGUGUGUCAUUCAUGUCUGAGGUUAUUAAGUGUUGUGUUGUCAUUUAACCUGUGAAUCAUGCUAACAUGACAUCGUCAGUCUGGGUGGGGCUAAAGAUGCAUUGAGGAUACUACUCUUACGUUUCUUUACCCACAAAGGUCUGAACUGAUCUGAGAUCUGACGUCAUCAGAUUGUUAACAAUACAUGCAUUAUUACUCCAGGUUCCAGCAGCUGAUGUCAGUGUUCCACAUACAGUAGCUCUUGUUGGCCAUUUUAGCAGCUGCGUCACCAUCCAGAACUCUUUGUUUUUUACGAAGAGUUAAACUCUCCAACUGCAAUUUGUAAAAUGUUGUCUUUUCUAUUUCUAAAAUGAUUCCUUUUGAAAACUAAAUGUACACAUUUAGCAAAGGUUUGCCUAAACAUAUAUUUGAAUCUAUAUGUCUCAUUAUGAACAACUGUAUCAGUGAAUGUAGUUGGAAACCAUAACACUGGCAGCAUAUUCACACGCCACAAUAUCUCCCCCCAGAGCAUGAAUUAGAAGUCUGAAGGGAAUAGAGAAUCCAUCCAAUGUCAUUCAUCUACAUGCAGUUCCUGUUCGUGAUUUAAUGAAUGUAUGAAUGUACAUACAUCAUCUUCACCACCACGACCACAGAGGAACAGGGAAGUGGGCCAUGCUAACCAUGCUAACACACUUGAGAUUCAAGAGAUGUUUUGUUCUCUUCAAUACAUCAGUCCUAUUAUAUAUUCUCUACUCCACUCUACCUGGUUUGAGAUAAGAAUAUAAGAAUAUACAUCAUAUUUAUAUGGAAUAUAAAUGUAGAUUAUGAAUGCUCCCUGGCGUUCAAUCAUCUACUCAGUAAUCUGUGUCAGGCCGCUUAUGAAUGCGAUGUGUACCGAUUUAAAGAGCACCCCACAGUUUUUGCUCUGCCACUACACGGCUACCACCCCUUUUCAUUGAUUCAUACAUUUCCUUUCUGUUGAGGCUCCUCCAGUUUCCCCAUCAGAAUCCUCUGGCCUUUGGCUUUCACAGUGCAACACCGUUCCCACUGGGCAAACACUAGUUGAAUCAACGUUGUUGAAAUUAAUUGGUCGUCUGUGCCCAGUGGGUCUGCCUUUUCAUCUGUUCUCUGCUCUGGCCAACUCCUCCACACUUUUUACCUUUAUUUAACUAGGCAAGUCAGUUAAGAACAAAUUCUUAUUUUCAAUGACGGCCUAGGAACAGUGGGUUAACUGCCUGUUCAGGGGCAGAACGACAGAUUUGUACCUUGUCAGCUCUGGGAUUUGACUAGUAACCUUUCAGUUACUAGUCCAACGCUCUAACCACUAUGCUACCCUUAUCAACGUAAUUAGAGCAGUAAAAAUAAAUGUUUUGUCAUACCCGUGGUAUACCACUGCUGUCAGCCAAUCAGCAUU